GUAUGUAUUAUAAACAUAAUCGACAAACAACUCAUUGCACUUAACAACACGUGUUUACAAUCACAACAACAACACGUGUUUACAAUCACAACAACAACACACGCGCCUCAAGUAAUUUACUCAUUUAGUGUCCACUGAAAUACUCAUCACAUAUCAUAUCAGAGGUCACCUCUUGAUGAGUGUCACAAAAUGGCACCAAUUUUAGCGACGGGACAGUUAAUCGGUAAUCGUUAUGAAGUGUGGGAACAGCUGAAGCAUUAUAAAGAUUUGUAUAAGUGUUUCGAUACAAAACACGAUAACAAAGAGCUUAUCCUUAAAGUGGAACAAAUUAAAGACAGGAAUCGAUUGGAGACAGAGUUUGAAUUAUACAAGAAGUUAUCGACUGCACACCACUUCGAUAUUGUAGUCGACUAUUUGUCGGACAAAAGUUUCCGAUAUUUACUGAUGAGGCCAUUGGGCGUCAAUUUACAUGAUUUCAUGAAAAAGAAGAGAAGUAAAAACCAAACGAUUGAUUUGGAGCUCAUUGUCCGCUACGCCGAUGAAAUGAUAUCACGGCUAACUAAUUGUCACUUAAGAAAUAUCAUUCAUCGAGAUAUUAAACCUGAAAACUUUGUUGUUGACACCGAUAAUGAUAGUCAUCUAUAUUUGAUUGACUUUAAUUUAGCCAAAGAGUUUGCUGAUGUAAGUGGUGGCCAUAUAGUGAAUCGUCGUAAAGGUAUCGCCUAUUCAGUGGGAAACGUGCAGUUCAUGUCUAUUCACGCGCACGACGGCAACGAACAAUCGCGUAGAGAUGAUCUGAUUUCCGUUGGCUAUACAUUGGUUUAUUUAGCCAACGAUGGACUCCCGUGGUCUCAAAUCAGAUCCAACAUGUUUAGCACCCGACUCGACCAUAUGAAAGCCGUCCACAAAAUUAAACAAAACUGUAGUGUCGAUGAACUUUGUGUAGGUCUUCCCGAAGCUUUUCGACAAUAUAUGAAUUAUUGUCUGAAUCUGGAGUUUGAUGAACGACCCAAUUAUUUUCAGCUCAGAAAAUACUUUUCUGAUUCGUUGCCAAAAAUCAAUAGUUUGUCUGUUAUGUGUCCAGUGAUACCUCCAUCGCAACCAACUGUGAUUACUUUAGAUAGCCUUUCAUUAGAUGAUCUUAAGGUUGUAACCAAAGAGCCAGAAGAUAAUAGUAUGGACUCAAAGCACAAAUUUGUCAAAACUCGCGCACACAUAAUGUUGAAAAUUUCUAAAUUGUCGCCGCCAUUGAUUGGACCAUAA